AUGGCCACCGAUAUUUCAACAUAUCGCUUUAAUCAUACAAUGAUUAGGGUCAAAGACCCGCAAGUUUCUCUCAAGUUUUAUGAAGAAAUUUUAGGAAUGAAGUAUAAAUUACAAUUUAAUUCAUCAUCUUAUUUGCCAGAAAAAGAAUUUACGCUUUAUUUUCUUGCAUAUGUUCGUGAUGUCUUGCCUGAAUCUACCGACGAAAGGAUCAAGUAUAUCUUUUCACGAGAAGCAGUCCUUGAAUUAACCCAUAAUUGGAAAACAGAAUUAGAUCCAAACUUUGAAUAUCAUCACGGGAAUAAAGAUCCUCAAGGUUUCGGCCACUUGGCUAUUGCUGUAGAUAAUAUUGAAGCCGCUUGCAAGCGAUUUAAUGAUAAUGGAGUUAAGUUCAUCAAGAAAUUGACGGAUGGUGCGAUGAAACAUAUCGCGUUCAUCGCUGAUCCAGAUGGCUACUGGGUCGAAAUUGUUCAGGCUGGAUUAGAUCCGACUAAAUCCGACUAA